AUGGCCAAGAUCAGCCUCUUCCUCGUUUUGUUCUUUCUUUUCGUCUUUCACAACAACAUCGGCACGGUUGAUUCAUCCACGGUGAGACCGAGACAACCGGGAGCAAAGACCUUCAUCGAGGUCUCAUGCCGGACAACUCGAUACCCGGCUCUGUGCAUGAAAUAUCUCGCCCGCUAUGCCAACUCCAGCAAUCGGGACGAGCAUCAGCUGGCCCGAGAUGCCUUGACAAUAAGCCUAUACAAGGCUCGUCACACAAGGUCGUAUAUGUUGAAGGUGGCUAAAGAGCUGGGAUCAAUAAAGGCCGAAGAGUAUCCAGCCGUGAGAGACUGCUUGCAACAAAUCGACGAUAGCGUAAACCAGCUUUGGCAAUCGAUCAGAGAGAUCCGGCGAUGCGAUCCGAAAUCCGGGAUUUCCGACGACAUUUUUUGGCACAUAGAUAAUGUUGAGACUUGGGUUAGUGCUGCCCUAACCGAUGCCAUCAAUUGCGUGGACGAGUUUCCGGGGCAUAGGAUGAGUAAAAUGAAGGCCACCAUUAAAGUCAAGGUGAUAAACGUUGCGCAGCUAACGAGCAAUGCACUGGCCUUGUUUCACCGAUACGCUGCCAGGUACCGAUCUGCUGCCAACAAGAAGCCAUAAAGCUUAUGUUAUGUCGAUACAUAGAAAGUUCUAUUGAUUAGAAGUGUGAAUAUUAUUACGUUGUUUUAUCAAAUAAGUAUAUAAUUACUGCUUAAACCAUGAAAAUGGAA